AUGACCAUUCACAGCACACGAGUGUGUAAAGCAGUGACCAAUCACAGCACACGCGUGUAUAAAGCAAUGACCAAUCACAGCACACGCGUGUGUAAAGCAAUGACCAUUCACAGCACACGAGUGUGUAAAGCAGUGACCAAUCACAGCACACGCGUGUAUAAAGCAAUGACCAAUCACAGCACACGCACCUUACCCAGACCAGACCCAGACCAGACCCAGACCAGACCCAGAACGGACCCAAACCUUACCCAGACCGGACCCAGACCAGACCCAGACCGGACCCAGACCAGAUCCAGACUAAACCCAGACCAGACCCAGAACUUACCCAGACCGAACCCAGACCAGACCCAGACCGGACCCAGACCUUACCCAGACCUUACCCAAACCCAGACCGGACCCAGACCCAGACCUUACCCAGACCGGACCCAGACCAGACCCAGACCCAGACCAGAUCCAGACUGAACCCAGACCGGACCCAGACCGGACCCAGACCGGACCCAGACCGGACCCAGACCUUACCCAGACCGGACCCAGACCAGACCCAGACCUUACCCAGACCGGACCCAGACCCAGACCAGACCCAGACCGGACCCAGACCAGAUCCAGACCGGACCCAGACCAGACCCAGACCGGACCCAGACCUGACCCAGACCCAGACCGGACCCAGACCAGACCCGACCCAGACCUUACCCAGACCGGACCCAGACCCAGACCAGAUCCAGACUGAACCCAGACUGAACCCAGACCAGACCCAGACCAGACCCAGACCCAGACCGGACCCAGACCGGACCCAGACCAGAUCCAGACUGAACCCAGACUGAACCCAGACCAGACCCAGACUGAACCCAGACCUUACCCAGACCGGACCCAGACUGAACCCAGACCUUACCCAGACCGGACCCAGACCAGACCCAGACCAGACCCAGACCUUACCCAGACCCAGACCUUACCCAGACCGGACCCAGACCCAGACCGAACCCAGACCUUACCCAGACCCAGACCAGACCCAGACCGGACCCAGACCUUACCCAGACCUUACCCAGACCCAGACCGGACCCAGACCUUACCCAGACCGGUUCCAGACCGGACCCAGACCUUACCCAGACCGGACCCAGACCAGACCCAGACCGGACCCAGAACAGACCCAGACCGAACCCAGACCAGACCCAGACCGGACCCAGACCUUACCCAGACCCAGACCGGAUCCAGACCAGACCCAGACCCAGACCUUACCCAGACCAGACCAGACCAGACCGAGACCUUACCCAGACCGGACCCAGACCAGAUGGCGAGUGCCACGAGUCCUGGCUCAGGCUUAACUGUGCAGUUCAUGUCGCUGCUGAAAGAACAGGAUAA